AAAUUUCCCCACCUCGAAUAAGCCUUCUACUUACAUCAACCCAUCUUUAUACCUUCCGCAAGAACAACUGAAUCACUAAAAUCCAUUGAUAAUAUCUAUAGAUCUUUAGUCGGAUUGUGAAACUAAACUGUUUGACCUGUGGUUUUCGAAUGCUACGAUAAAAAGCAGCCAUGGAUAUUCCAGCUCUUCUCAAAAGGUACACACCGGACCUCUCCCGCUAUGAAGCUAUCUACAAACAUCUCCACCAAAACCCAGGAUUGUCACUUCAAGAGGAUCUGGCUGCUAGAACGGCAGCCACAUUCCUCGAAAAUCUUAUAGGCUUUGACGUCCGUACAGACAUCGGUGGUAGAGGUCUGAUCGGGAUUCUGAAGAACUACUCUGGACCUACAAUUCUCCUUCGUGCUGAUAUAGAUGCAUUACCUGUCAAAGAAUUGACUGGUCUACCAUAUGCUAGCACCAAACGGGAAGUUGAUAUCGAAGAUGGCAUUGAAAAAUACGUGAUGCAUGCUUGUGGACACGAUAUGCAUAUAGCAUGUAUGCUAGCCGCUGCAGAAACAUUAUGGAAAGCAAAAUCCGAAUGGCAAGGAACGUUGGUGAUACUAUUUCAACCCAAUGAGGAGCGAGGCGCGGGAGCAAGGGCUAUGAUAGAUGAUGGAUUGUACGACUCCGAAAGACAUGCAUGUCCCAUUCCGGAUGUGGUUUUAGGACAACAUGUAAUGCCAGUUGAGGCAGGACAAGUGGGAACACGAAAAGGAAUCGCUGGAUCUGCAGCUGAUAGUUUUCGAGUAACGGUUUAUGGAAAGGGUGGUCAUGCAUCACAGCCUCAUAUGACGAUUGACCCAGUAUUUAUGGCCGCAAAUAUUAUUGUACGAUUGCAAGGGAUCAUCAGCAGAGAAGUUAAUCCGCGGGAUGCGGCUGUAAUAACAGUAGGCAGUGUCAUUGCGGGAAUGACGGAGAAUAUCAUUGCGGAUGAAGCUAUCUUGAAGAUAAAUGUGAGGAACUUUAACCCAGAAACAAGGGGAAAAGUUUUGAAUUCGAUCAAGAGAAUCGUAAAAGCGGAGUGCGAUGCUUCAAAUGCUACGAAAGAGCCCCUCUUUGAGCCGACGAGUAACUUCCCUUUCUUGAUAAAUGAUGAAUCUGUUACCCAGAAGAUUUCAGAUAGUUUUGAUCAGGUGUUUGGAGAAAACCAUACCCAAAAUUGCGCACCUUUGGGAGGAUCUGAAGAUUUUGGGAUUUUGGCAUCAGAAGCACCUAACAAAGAGGGCGGGAAAGGAGUGCCCUCGUGUUAUUGGCUCUUUGGUGGUACAGAUCCUGAGGUCAUUAGGAAAGCCAAGGAAACGGGAAGUAUGGAAGAUGUGCCAAUCAAUCAUAGUCCAUUGUUCGCGCCGGUGAUACAACCAACUCUUAGGACGGGAGUUGAGGCUUUGGUUAUAGGGGCGUUGACCUUUCUCGGAAAAAUUUGAGGAGUGCAUAGUCUGAGGGUUGCAUAAUCUGAGCAUAUCUGAGUGUUCGAAUUGAGCUUGGGAAUUACCUGAAGUGAAGAGUUUUGUUACCUGAGAAGGGAUUCACUGCGGAGCGGGAUGGCUCGCCGUUAACUUGGUUAGGUUCGGAACGAUCUGGCUACGAUCUAGCUUGAACCAAACUGUUUUUUAUGGGCUUAUGGAAGUGAGCGUUCGGACUUUGGUCGAGAUAGAUCAUAGAAUUGAUAGUGGUGAAUUGGGGCGGGGGGCCGGGGGUGGUGUUGGUGGCAAGUAAGGUUACCUUCACAUAUUAGAGCCAUCGGACAAACCUGAACCUCAGCAAUUUCAUAUCUAUGACUAUUCAAUACAUUAUAGGCAUACUAUAAUAUGCCA